UACCCGAAAAUGUCAAAAUCGGAACAACCCCGGACCACUCACUGAUUUCUAAACAAAUGUCCGAAAUUCCCCGGUUGAGAGAAGUCCACCUCCGUCCUCCGCAUUACAAUUCUCACUCCACGCUUUAAUAAGAGCGCGCGCUCUCUCUCUCUCUAUCCCCGGACCAAUCCUUGUUACAUCGUUUCAUUCGAAGUUACCCUAAUCUUCGACAAUCUGCAAUCCGCAAUCCGCAAACAGCAACUUAUAGCCAAAUUGUUCGGUUGUAAAAUGUUGUCACGAUGGAGUAGAGCUAUUGCUCAAAUUUCCAAUGCUGGAUCGCAAACCAGGAUUAUAGGGUUUAUGAAUGCCCAAAACACUCAAAACUAUGCCAAAGUUGCUGCCUUUACAAUGCCUUCUUCGUCUGAUUCCAUUCAUAAUAAAUCCGACAACGCUAGCAACCCCACUGUUAAGCUGGAUAAGUUGUUUUGGUCUAAGCCAUGUUCAUUAGCUCUGGCCAAGGAUUCACCUUUGAGGAUCGAGGAGCCAGACUACCAGGGUAUCCGCCGUUUCUUCCUCAAAUUGAUGCUCUUUUACAGUAAACAAAGCAAGUCUAUUCGAGGGGCAAAUGUGGUUUACAGACGUGUAAUUACACAGGCUGACAAACCUGCUAUUUACAAUGUCUUUAACAUAGAGAAGACUUUUAAAACUACGUUCUCCCUCCUCGUGCUACAUAUGUGGAUGUGCUUGCGACGGUUGAAGGAAGAAGGGAAAGAAGGUGUUGAAUUUGGUCAGUACGUGUACGAGAUUUACAAUCAUGAUUUGGAACUGAGAGUAUCCAAGGCUGGGGUUAACUUGCUAUUGACAAAGUGGAUGAAAGAUUUGGAGAAGAUAUUCUAUGGAAACCUUGUUGCAUAUGAUGCUGCCUUGCUUCCAGAAGCUGGUAAAGAUGAUCUUUCGAAUGUCAUAUGGAGGAAUGUGUUUUCCGAGGAUGGUGAAUCAGAACCGAGUGAUGCUGCUAGACGUCCUGUUCAGGCAAUGGCUCGGUAUGUUCGUCACGAAAUUAGUUGCCUCUCCCUAACUGAUAAAGAAGCCAUGUUCUCCGGAAACUUUAAGUUCAGCUCACUAGAGAAUCCACCUCUCAUUUCAACAAAACCAUGAUGGCAUAGAUUUUGGUUUGACCAAACAUACGGCGAGGUUAUGAUGCUAGGAAUAGUUUUCCAAUACAUUUAGAAUUUAUAAUGGGUUGUUUUCUUUUUUGUAGUUGUAAAGCUUGUUAACAACAGUUAUGUAGUGAGAUUUUGGCAUUGAUAGUUGUUAUUUUGCCUAAUCAUGAUGUAGGCUUCCUUUAAUUAUAUGGUUCCAUAAGUUUAAUCAUGUCCUCGAUCUUUUAAUACAGCUUAACUUCUGCAACAAAGAUGCCCAAUUGGCCAUCAAUAGAAAUAAAAAAAAGAUGCUCAGUUGUUUUA